CACACGAGUCAACCCUCGCGACUCCCAUCCAUUCCCUUCACCACCUCCGCUUCCUCCACCGCUCCACACCACGCCUCCGCCCGUCACCCACACGCCAUGGCCAUGGCCAUGGCCGCGCACCACCACAGCCACCUCCCCUCCUACCUCGCCGCGUUCGCCGCCCUAUUCAUCGCCUUCACCCUCGCGCCUCCCGCCGCCGGAGACUCCCUGGGCCAGCUCUGCGGCACCAGCGGCAACUACACCGCGAACAGCACCUACCAGGCCAACAUCCAGCGCCUCGCCGCCACGCUCCCCAGGAGCGCCUCCUCGUCCCGGACGCUCUUCGCGAACGCCACGCUCGGCGCCGUCCCGGACAUCGUCUACGCGCUCGCGCUCUGCCGCGGCGACACCAACGCCUCCGCCUGCGGCGACUGCGUCACCACCGCCUUUCAGAACGUGCAGCAGCUGUGCGCGUACAACAAGGACGCCACCAUCUUCUACGACCUCUGCCUCCUCCGCUUCUCCAACCAGAACUUCCUCGCCUCCCCCGCCAGCGGCGGCAGCGGGACCGUCCUCAUCCUCAUGAACACGCAGAACGUGUCCGCGCCGUUCAAGGUGUUCGACGCCGCCGUGGGCGUGCUCCUCAACGCCACCGCCGACUACGCGGCCGACAACUCGUCCAAGAGGUUCGGCACCGCGGUGGAGGGGUUCCAGACCUUCGACAGCCAGAACCCGACGAUUUACGGGCUGGCGCAGUGCACGCCGGACAUGGCGCCGGCCGGCUGCCGGAGCUGCCUCACGGGUAUUCUUCAGAUGAGGUUCAAGUAUUUCAGCGGGAAGCAGGGUGGCAGGAUUCUUGGAUUGUGGUGCAACUACAGGUAUGAGCAGUACCCCUUCUUCACCGGCGGCCCGCUGCUUCAGCUGCCGGAGCCACCCGUGGGGGCGCCGGCGCCCGCGCCCGCGGCGGUGAACGUGACGCCGCCGACGGCCGGAGGAGGAACAACAGGAAACAAAACUGGUAGAGUUUUAGCCAUUACACUGCCUAUAGUAGCUGCGAUCCUAGCAACUGUAGUAAUUUGCUCUUGUCUCUGGAGGAGGAAGAAAAGGAAAACACCAGGAAAGCCAUCACUGCCAGAUUCAAGUAAUCCAGAGGACAUACAAAGUAUCGAUUCGCUCAUUAUUGAUCUAUCAACUCUGCGAGCAGCAACAGAAAACUUUGAUGAAGGCAAUAAACUCGGUGAAGGAGGUUUUGGUGCAGUUUAUAAGGGAAUCCUCCCUGAUGAUCAAGAAAUAGCAGUGAAAAGGCUCUCACAGAGUUCUCGACAAGGGAUCGAGGAGUUGAAAAAUGAGCUUGUUUUGGUUGCUAAGCUUCAACACAAGAAUUUGGUGAGGCUUGUCGGUGUUUGUUUGGAAGACCAUGAGAGAUUACUUGUGUAUGAAUACAUGUGCAACAAAAGCCUCGACACGAUUCUUUUUGAUCCCGAGAAACGCAAUGAGCUAGAUUGGGGGAAGAGAUUUAAGAUAGUGAAUGGGAUUGCUCGAGGCUUGCAGUAUCUUCAUGAAGAUUCUCAAGUGAAGAUAAUCCACCGGGACCUCAAAGCGAGCAAUGUUCUGUUAGACUAUGACUUUAAUCCUAAGAUCUCAGAUUUCGGCCUAGCAAGGCUAUUCGGAAGUGACCAAUCACAAGAUGUCACAAAUCGUGUCGUGGGAACCUAUGGUUACAUGGCCCCGGAGUAUGCUAUGCGUGGGAAUUACUCUAUCAAGUCCGACGUGUUCAGCUUCGGCGUUCUAAUCCUAGAGAUCGUCACGGGAAAAAGAAACGGUGGCUCCUAUAGCUCUGAGGAAGCCUCUGAUCUCCUUAGUUUGGUGUGGGAGCACUGGACGGCCGGGACACUCAUGGAGAUCAUGGAUUCAUCCUUGAGCAGCCUCUCUCCGCGAGACCAGAUGCUGAAGUGCAUCCACAUCGGGCUCCUGUGCGUUCAGGACGACCCCGCAGACAGGCCGAUGAUGUCGACGGUGAACGUCAUGCUCAGCAGCAGCACGGUGACCCUCCAAGCUCCAUGCAGGCCGGCGUUUUGCAUCCAGAAGGAUGGCGUCCACUCGGACAUGUACUCAGAUGUGUACCGUGGAGCUUCGCUGUCCGCGAGCAGAUCGCCUAUGUCGCAGAACGACGUUUCAAUCUCUGAGCUUGAGCCGAGAUGAGUCUCCCGGCCCCAAGUAAUGGUGAACACGUUGCACUGUUGUUGCGAGAAUAAUCAAGAAUGGUGUAGGGAAGGUCCUCCGUGUACUUUUUAUCAACUAGUCAAAUAGCUCGUGCAAUUACACGGCGAGAAGACUUGAGUAUACGGCUGUUCCAGUAUACAAUUAAAAAUGUAAGUUUAAGGAUAUUUAUAGCAGACUGGCCGCACAAUUGGACGGCUCAUUUCUUAUGUUUUCUACAUCAUCUAACUUUUUAUAUGAUUUCUCUAAUUUAUUAAUAAAAAAGAUUAGUUUCCUUUA